AUGGACUACGCCAAGCACGGCGAUAAGCGCCCGCGCCACAAGGACAUUUACGACUCGCCGCCGCCGCCGCCUAAAUCCGCUACUCCAUCGUCACAGCAAGCUUAUGCACCCAUGUUCUCUAAAAACUACUCUCUCCGCAAUGGCGCCAGCCAGCCCAUGCCAGGAGCACCGGAGCCGGCUCACCAGCCACAGUACAGCCAGCUGCCAAUUCACAGCCAAGGGUCGAGUGGUGGGGGGUCACCCCGACAUAACCCCGUGCGCUCGUCGCUGUUUACUGACUCGCAGGGUCGCGUGCAGCUGCCGCCUAUCCGGUCGCCAUCCGGCAACAACGGGUACCAAGCAGCCGGCACUUCCCGCUCGCACCAGGGCUCGCCAGUGAUGCCCGCCAACAACCAGGCUGGGUAUGGCACCAGCCCGUACUCGCAGCCACUGCACAUGCGGAGCAUCUCGCCUAGCCACUACGAUUCCAGCGCCUCGCAGCGCCACCAACUACCAAUCUCCCGGAUGCACCACCAGCCUACAUACCAUCCACUGGCCACAGGCACCACGCCUGGUUCUCUGCCGUCAUCCGAGUCGUCCCCGCCCAACGACGGCCCGCUCCAUCGCCGUGGCUCGCCGCGGUCUCAGCCCAUGGCUAUGAAUGGAAUGCCUGCCCACGGGCUGCCGCGGGACAAUUUCCACCAGCACAUCCGGUCUUUGUCGCCAGCAGCUACGCCUCAAGUGACUGCUUUGCGUGGCAGCCACAUGCAGCACCACCGCGCGUCGUCUGCUGACACGCUUGUCUUUUCGCAGCAGAGACUCGGCCGCGCGCCAUCCACAUCCAUUAGCCUGGGCUCCAAGCGGGACAGCCUGUCCAGCAGCCACGAUACACCCCGCAUCUCUGCUCGCCGCACAUCCAUGUCCAAUGGUGCCUCAGCAACGCAGCACCCCCGCAGCUCCACCCGGAUAGAGUCCAGCGACCACUCCCGCAAGCGCAAGCUGUCAGCAGAGCCGACGACACUUCCUGGUAGCGUGUUUUUCGGCGAUCACAUCCAGACGCAAGCCUCGCCAAGAGAUGAGAUGAUGAUGAACGGCAUUGUCAGCAGCAGUGCUCAGGUUGAGCUGACUGGCAAGGUGCGCCGCGUGGAUCUGCUUGAGUUCCUGCGCGACCAGGCACAGAGCCGCGAGCGCCGCGAGCAAAUGCGGAUGCAGGAGCGCCAGCGCAUAGAGCAGGCCCAGAUUGAGGAGGACCGUCGGUUCCACGAGUUCCAGAUGUCGCUGAUGAACAUUAUUGAGCACCGGCUGGCGCCCCACGCCACUGCUGACCACGACGACAUGCCCGUGACCAACAGGCAAUUCAGCUCAGUCAAUGUCGAUGCACAAUAG